CUUAAAACAAAAGUUACAAAGCCAAAGAAGAAUCAUCACCUCCUCCACAUUGCUCCUUCAUAAACACCAUUUACACGCCGUUAUCUCUCUAACCUUCUCCAUUAAACCAGCUUAACGUAUGCUCCUCCAACCUCCUCUUCACGCCGUUAACGUUUCCAAAAACUAUUUUUAUAAAUAGUUAAAUCUUUAUAAUAUAUCAUCAACUACAAAAUUUUAUAGCAUGUCUCGUGUUGUAGCGGAGAAUUUCUCCCCUAAUAGAUCAGAUACAACGCCGUUUUACUCUCAAACCAUGGAUCAACCCGACUACCUCCCUCCGCGGUCCACGGCCUCCGUGUCUCCCACGCUCGGCCAGUUACUCAAACGCGUCGGAGAUGUGCGUAAAGAAGCCACCGGAGAUGGUAGCGAAACGCCGGUUCAUCAAGUUCUUGAACUCGGGAACACGAAUCUUGAGGCGCCGAGGACAAUUCCGUUCAUUUUAUCGUUUAAUAAUUUAACUUACAGCGUUAAAGUUCGUCGGAGGUUAAGAUUGCCAUCUAUUUUACCUACAACACGUCACCACCGCCUUGGUGCUGCUUCGGUGGAGCCGGUUUCCGGUGAAAGCUUAUUCAGUACUACGAAAACUCUCCUCAAUGACAUCUCUGGUGAGGCGCGUGAUGGAGAAAUAGUUGCUGUACUCGGCGCUAGUGGCUCGGGAAAAUCAACAUUGAUCGAUGCACUAGCGAACAGGAUUGCUAAAGGUAGCUUGAAAGGCACGGUAUCGUUGAACGGCGAGGUUUUGGAGUCAAGAAUGUUGAAAGUUAUAUCAGCUUAUGUUAUGCAAGAUGAUCUUUUAUUUCCCAUGCUUACAGUUGAAGAAACAUUAAUGUUCGCCGCGGAAUUUAGGUUACCGAGAAGCUUAUCGAAGUCGAAAAAGAAAAUGAGAGUGCAAGCUUUGAUUGAUCAGUUAGGUUUGCGAAAUGCAGCGAAAACUGUGAUCGGAGACGAAGGCCAUAGAGGCGUUUCGGGUGGAGAAAGGCGUCGUGUUUCUAUCGGAAUUGAUAUAAUUCAUGAUCCGAUCAUGCUUUUAUUGGAUGAACCGACUUCAGGUCUUGAUUCGACUAGUGCAUUUAUGGUUGUGAAGGUUUUGCAGAGAAUAGCUCAGUCUGGGAGCAUAGUUAUCAUGUCGGUGCACCAGCCGAGUUAUCGGAUUCUUGGCUUGUUAGACCGGUUAAUAUUCCUGUCCCGUGGACAGACUGUUUAUAGCGGUCCUCCGACGUGCUUGCCUUCGUUUUUUGCUGAAUUUGGGCAUCCGAUUCCUGACAAUGAGAACCGGACCGAGUUUGCUUUGGAUCAUAUUCGAGAGCUCGAAGGCUCUCCGGGUGGGACUAAAAGUUUGGUUGAGUUCAAUAAAACAUGGCAGAGUAUGAAGCAGCAAACAGCGAAUUCUGAACCGGAUCGGAAUGGAUUGUCGUUAAAAGAAGCCAUAAGUGCAAGCAUUUCGAAAGGGAAAUUGGUUUCUGGUGCUACUAAUAAUGUUGCCACCGCUAGUUCGUUAGUACCGACAUUUGCUAAUCCGUUCUGGAAUGAAAUUGCGGUUUUAUCGAAAAGAUCAAUUACCAAUUCUAGAAGAGUACCGGAAUUAUUCGGAAUCCGAUUAGGUGCUGUUCUUGUUACUGGGUUUAUUCUAGCAACAAUGUUUUGGCAGCUUGAUAGUUCACCUAAAGGAGUUCAAGAAAGAUUAGGGUUUUUCGCGUUCGCUAUGUCGACAACUUUCUACACUUGUGCCGAUGCUCUUCCUGUUUUUCUUCAAGAAAGGUACAUUUUCAUGAGAGAAACCGCUUAUAAUGCUUAUCGAAGAUCGUCUUACGUAUUAUCUCAUGCUCUAGUUUCGUUACCAUCGAUAAUUUUCCUCUCACUUUCGUUCUCCGCCCUCACAUUUUGGGCGGUGGGGCUAGACGGAGGAUUUUCGGGAUUCUUAUUCUAUUUUUUCAUCAUGUGCGCGUCUUUCUGGGCCGGAAACUCCUUCGUUACAUUCAUAUCCGGCGUAGUCCCUCACGUUAUGCUCGGCUACACAAUAGUCGUAGCAAUCCUAGCUUAUUUCCUCCUCUUCAGCGGCUUCUUCAUCAACCGCGAUCGAAUCCCGCCUUAUUGGAUUUGGUUUCAUUACAUGUCACUAGUGAAAUACCCUUAUGAAGCUGUGUUACAAAAUGAAUUUCAAGAUCCUGUCAAGUGUUUCGUGCGAGGAGUUCAAAUUUUCGAUAAUACUCCAUUAGGUUCAGUUCCGGACUCAAUGAAAGUUCAAUUACUCGGUACGUUGAGUAAUACAUUGGGAAUGAAGAUUACAAGCUCUACAUGUUUAACUACAGGAUUAGAUAUAUUACAGCAACAAGGUAUUACUGAUCUAAAUAAAUGGAGUUGCUUAUGGGUAACGGUUGCUUGGGGAUUCUUGUUUAGGGUUUUGUUUUACUUUGCUUUGUUGUUGGGUAGCAAGAACAAGAGAAGUUAAUAUACAAGAUAAAAGGGUUUACUAGAUUGCGGCGGUUCGCGUCGGCCGGCGUCGGUGGCCGGAGGGAUGAUGUAUACUUUGUGUGAUUUGUAUUUUUUUUUUCAGAUAUAAAGAAUAUGACCUUUGUUUUUUAAAAAUUGAGUCUGGAAUUUUCUUGUAGAAAUGUUGCAAAUAGUAUAAGAUAUUAUAUUUUGUUCAUUUAA